AUGUCACGUUCCUGGUAUCAAUUUCUAAUACAAAAAAAUCCUUCUAACUAUAAAAAUUAUCAAAGAAUAAAUAAAAGUUGGUUUGUUAUCGACUUUUCUUCCGAGUUUGAGGUAUUAUCACUUCAUAGAAAGUUGUUUGAAUUUUCAAUAAAAAAAAACUUUCAUUAUGAUCUUGAAAAAGCUCAAAUACAAAUCACAAAUGCUGGCUAUAUACAUUUACAAAAUAAUGCUUUUGACGAAAGCUCGUGGAUUCCAUUAUUACCAGAUUAUACCGUAUAUACAUCUUUGGAAGGAAAAUUUUUUAAAUUUUUUAUCAAGAGAGAGGAAAAUUCUUUAUACUUUGUUUGGCAAGAAUUCAGAAAGGAUUUUACAUUUACUAGUUGUAAUGCUGAAGGUCAAGAAAAACUAGGAUUUCACCUAAUGAUAAAACACUAUAAUUUAAAAAACACUUCGCUUACUUCAAUUUUAGGACUUAAUGAAUCCACUAUUAUAGAAAUUUUACAAAGAACAGUUCACAAAGAACUUGAGAAAAUUUAUGAUAAUGAAGAAAACUCUAUUUUUUGUAGAAUAAGCUUGGAAGUAAAUGGAAAAAACAUUACUCCGGAAUCUACACAGGCUCUUAUGUUAAAAGAUAAAGUUAUACAGCUUCAAAACGAAAGAUCUAAUUUGGAUAAUAAAACUGAUCUAAAUCAAAAAUCCGAGAAGAUAAAAAAGGCAGUAUAUGAUAUUUUAGAUGAAAAAAAUUUGGGAUCUACAAUCUUAAUUAGCAUAGAACAAUAUCUUUCUCUUGUACUCUUCCAUCCUUGUAGUCAUUGCUAUAAUACCAAUUUUCAUAGUAAAUCUUGUCAUGUAUCUUAUACCGGAAUUAACUUUUCACACCUUGUUGUAGCAGCGGCUUUAGCAAAUGCAGUUAUUGGUAUUACUACUCAAAGUUGUAGAUGGUCAUAUCAUCAAUAUCAGUCUCAAAUGUUUCCUACAAUUAUAUCAAGAGCUGUGGAUUCUGCUAAACAAGCAUUAAAUGCUGCUAUAUCUUAUGCUAAUACAAAACAAAAAAAAUCUUUAAUCGUUGGAUUUGAUUGCUCUUGGUCUCAUUCUCGCAAUGCAGGUCAAGCUAGCGGAGAAUUUAUUUAUCUGGAUGAUCUCGAAGCGGUUGUUGCCUUUUAUGUAGUAGAAAAAUCUCAUAUUAUUACCAAAAAAGGAAAAGUUGGAGCUUCCGCUGAUGAAAAAAUUAUAGUACAAAAAGGAAAUUUCGAUACUAGUUCCCAUCAAAUGAAGCAUGCCAUUUUAAUUGCGCUUUUAGAAAAGAUUACCCCAAUAUUAGAAGAAUCCGAUCUUUUGCUUGAAGUUUGUGUUGAUGGAGAUUUAGAUUCUAAUAAAACCUUGGCAAACGUUCCUGUUUUUGAGCAAUAUAUAAUGAGAUAUUUUAAUGGAUGUGUUUUUGCUGCUGGUUUAAAAAAAAAGAAUAAUAAAUUAGAUGUACCAACAAAUGAAGAACUUCGUUAUAUUCAAGUAGAAGGUUUAAUCCAACAUUUGCUCAAUAACCAUAAUCUUUGUUGGAAAGAAGUUUGUUGGCAUAAAGAAAAUGAAGAGUUACAAUUACAAUCUCCAACAUUACAAUCUUUUACAAAAACAGAAAUUAAAGGGUUUCGGCAAAUGCUUUUAACGAUUUUUAAACUUCCUAUUCAACAAAGUCUUGUUACUCAAUAUCGAACAACUUACAAUGAAGCUUUUAAUCAAAAAAUAUUACGAUUUCUUGAUAAACGAAUUGAUUUUUGGGCAUCUUAUAAAGCACGGUAUGCUUUAAUUAUUAUAGAUAAUAAUGAGGGUCUUAAUUGUAUGAUGAGGACUGUACGCGAAGCUGCUCAAUCACAUGAUUUCAGUUUAUAUGAUCAGAGCAAUAUAAUUAAAUUUACUGGAGAACGUCAAAGUCAAUUAGAUUGUAACCGGAAUAAUAUAGCCAAACGUAACCAAGAACGAGCUUGUAACGAUGAUGAUUUAAAAUCUAAUAUUUAUAAUAGGACAGGUUGGUGGGAAUGCUUGUUGAACAAAAAUUAUAUUCCUAGUGGUGAGAAACAUAUCUUAGAUUCAAAAGAAUUAAUAAUAUUAGUUGCAAAACAAAUAUUUGGGUAUAAUCAAUUGCGAGAAGAACAACUUGAAGCUAUAGAGACUUAUCUAGAUAGCAAAGAUACAUUAGUAUCAAUUAAAAUUGGAGGAGGAAAUCCUUUUCGUGAGUUAGUAUGCCUAGGCAUACUUUGUACUUCGAUUUAUGCAAACUCAAUACAAGGCAAAAGUGAACAAGCUAAAAUAUUUGAAGAAAUCGCUCUUGGAUUUACUAAAUUCAUAAUUGAUGAAGCUCAUUGUAUCUUAGAUUAUAGUAAUUUUAGAGAAUCAUGGAAAAAUUUAGGAUUAUUAAAAAAAAAUUGGCCUAUGGUUCCUAUUAUGCUCUUAACAGCUACUUGUAUAUAUCAAGAUGUUCAAGAUAUUCGCAUUUCUCUCAAAAUAUCAGUAGAAAAUUUUGCUAUAAUUCGAGAUAGCUAUAGAAAUUUUCAAAAGAAAGAUAAUUGUGAAAUCUUUUUGAAUGAACUUAUAAAUCUAAUUAAGAAGUACGAAAAUGGAAGGGCUAUUAUUUACUGUGCAAUACAAUCGGGUUGUGAUAAUCUUUUUGCAAUAUUACAACCACUUUUACCAGAUAAAAAUUUAGCUGUAUAUCAUGGAGGAUUAGGAGAUGAACAACGUGAAAGCAUUAUGUCACAUUGGAAAGAUCAUAAAAUCAAAAUAAUGAUUGGAACAAAUGCAUUUGGUAUGGGUAUUAAUUCUUCUGAUGUUUAUCUA